AUGCUGGGCCGGCUCGUGGAGCUGCUGCUGCAGCGGCUGCUGCGCAGCUUCGGCCUAAACGCAGCAGCAGUGUCUGCCAGCGCCCGCGAGGGCCUGGUGGUCAAGGGCCUGGUUUGCUGCUGCAGCAGCCUCAGCUCCGUGCUGCUGCUGCACUCGCUGCUCAUUGGGGAGAUACGAAUUGAGGCCUCCUGGAAGCAGCUGCUGCAGCUGCUGCUGCUGCAGCAGCAGGGGCUCCUGCAGGUGCACGUACACCGCGUCUAUGCCCUCGUGGCCACGCAAAGCGACCUGCCCGCUGCGGGCCUCAAGGCGAAGCAGCAGCAGCAGCAGCAGCAGCAGCAGCAGCAGCAGCAGCAGCGGCAGGGCUUGCGCACGCGCUUGCAUGGAGUUUUUUUCUCUCCCCUGUGGCGCGCCGUGGGGGCCCUCCUAGUCAGAGGCCCACACGCUUCCAGCAGCAGCAGCAGCAGCAGCAGCAGCAGCAGCAGCAGCGACAGCAGCAGCAAACCAGGGCGUCUUGGGCUUCAGCAGAAGCUGCUGCAGCGGAUUCUGCUGCUGCUGUCUCGAAAGCUGUCAGUCCACAUUGAAGAUGUCCACUUGCGGCUGGAGGACGCAACGGGACGUGCGCGUUUUGCUGCUGCAGCAGCAGCUGCUGCAGAUGCGCCGUGGGAGCAGCAGCAGCAGCAGCAGCAGCAGCAGCAGCAGAGGAGAAGCAGGAGAGCGUGCCAGCCACUGAGCUGCAGCAUAGACGUGAGGCCAGUGCAGUGCGGGCUAAUAGCUGCUUCCGUGUGUUUGACUCCCGGAGCAGCAGCAGCAGCAGCAGCAGCAGCAGCAGCAGAAGCAGCAGCAGCACCAGCAGCGCCAGCAGCAGCAGCAGCAGCCGCUGCAGCUGCGGGCCGCGGCCCCGGCGCUGCGCGGCUGCGGCGCCUCUCAGACCCCACACCUUUGAAAGCAGCAGCAGCAGCAGCAGCAGCAGCAGCAAGCCGAGCAGCAGAAGGACAGGCUGCUUCUGCGAGGUGUACGUACACCCCAAGCUGCGCAGACACCCCACAGCGCAGCGCCGUCUUGCGGCAGCAGUCCUUCCCCCCGCUGUGCAGCAGCCCGGGCCGCGCUGCUGCAGCAAACGGGGCUGCGCUGCCCACUGCAGCAGCAGCAACAGCAGCAGCAGCAGCAGCAGCAGCAGCAGGCGAGGAGGAGGAGGCAGCUACGUCGCAGACGGCAAGUGCUGCCGAGGCGGCGAUAGCGGCAGCAGCAGCAGCGACAGAAGGUGCUGCAGCAGACGGCGCUGCAGCACCAGACAGUGCUGCUGCAGCAGACAGUGCUGCAGCAGCAGCAGCUAGCGCUGCAGCAGCAGCUCUGUGGCGUGGCUGCGAUUACGAAGGGGCCGUGUCCCUAGGGGGAGAGGCCCUAGACAGCAGCAGCAGCAGCAGCAGCAGCAGCAGCACGUCACAAUUACUACCGAGCGCCAAGGCGCAAGCAGACAAAAGCGCUGCUGCCAACCAGCAGCAGCAGCAGCAGCAGCAGCAGCAGCAGCAGCAGCAGGGGUUGGAAGGCGUCAGUGUUGUGCAGGCAGCAGGCGUUGCUGCUUACUGGAACUGCUGCUGCUGGAGGCUGACUUCGAGGCAGCAAGUGAACCCCAACUCGCCAGCCUUUGUUGCUGCCUUCCAGCAGCAGCAGCAGCAGCAGCAGCAGCAGCAGCAGCAGCAGCAGCAGCAGCAGCACGGGUGA